CAACCCGUCCUCUCCUCGAGGAACACUUAAAUAUUAUUGACGGUUUCAGUUUGAAAUCAGACCGUAACAGAAACGUGUUAUAGAGGGGCAGGGACACGAUUGUUUGCAUAGCAGUCCAGGCGGGUCGCUGAGGGAAGCAGGUGCUUGUUUCUGCAGGUAGCGUCCGGGGCUCGCGGAACCAACAACCGUCAGCGGCAGAUGAAUGAAGCUCUCUUGUAUUUGCUACAAUGUAAACAAAACUACAAUUUCCUCGCGUGCCGAAAAUUGUGUAGUGUUUAUUGGUGUGUCAAAAACUUAGGUACAAGCACCGCAGAGAGAAAUGUUCCUCGGACGAGGAGCUGGUACAGAGCGCAGUUUUUAAAUAUCGCUAUGGGACUACGAAAUUAUUUGAUAAGUCUAAGGAACUGUACAGCCAACAUUCAUUUCACUUGAGAUGCGCUUAGGGGUUGACGGGAACUUAUAAUUUGAUCGGACGACGUCACAUCGAAUGCGUGCGGCGAACGCGUGUUGGCACGGCGCAUUUUAUGAAAAAGGUUGAGCUGUAGGAUUAAAGCCACACUCUGUCAGGGUCUCUCUCCAUGCAAGGAACGCACUCUGUCCAAAUAAUGAGCAGGAUGUCGAGGAGUUCGGGGGAUUACAUCAGUAUCCAGGCGAUCUAAAAAUCUAUACGUGAACAUGACGAGAUUUAUCCGUGUUUCCAUUGUUAUUCUAUUUUUCUCGAUUACGGACCUAUCAAUGGUUAAUGCAAAAAGGAGAAAGAACAAACGCAUAGAAACCCGGAACUCAACCUUGAGUUUAACCACUCAACCAAACGGAUUAACCAGUAACCGGGAAAAUAAGAUUUUGUGUGAGUAUUACACCCAGUGGACGGCUUGGAGCCGAUGUAACCGGAAGUGUGAACAGACACGGGUUCGGCGCUGCAACCAACCGGAAAACUGCGGCUCCAGUGUCCUGAAGGAGAAGCAGAGCUGUAGGAGGAAGAAGGGCCGGUGUUCCACCUUAUCCUACAAAGUGAUAGGAUUCCGCCGGGGAAACCGCCUGAUAGAGGAGCUCUUGUACGACUUACUGUAUGAAGGGUGGUCCCAGUGGGGCCACUGCACACGUGCAUGUCGUAAACGAAGAUUUCGCAAGUGCAAAGAACACAAGAUUUGCGGGAACAGUUAUAUUCAGGAAGAGCGCAAAUGUCGCUCGCCGGGGAACGUUUGUGGUAAAAAGUACUUUUUCAACACCUUUGAACCAGACCGACACUCGCCGUCCGUCACCGCGCUCUCUCCCAGGGAAAGGGCUCGUGAACAAAAGGCCCCUCUCUUGGUUUCCACACAAGGCCAGUGUGGAGUGCGUCCGCGCGGGGGUUACCGCAUUGUGGGCGGUAAGGAGUCUAUCCCCCACAGCUGGCCAUGGCAGGUAGCGAUCCUGACAAAGUGGAAGGAACAGUAUUGUGGGGGGACCCUCAUUGCGCCAGGGUGGGUUCUGACUGCCGCUCAUUGUAUUCGACGAAAGGGCCACAAACGCAAGGUCAUCGUCCGAGUCGGCGAGCACGAAAUCCAUGUAGACAACAAAAAUGAAGUCGAUAUGAAAGUAGAGCAAGAUUUUCCACAUAAAAGUUUUGAUUACGAAACUAUAACGAAUGACAUCGCUCUUCUCAAACUCCGGAAACCGGAAAGAAUUAAAGACUUGGUCCAGUAUGCAUGUUUACCUGAGCCCGAGGACAAGUUAGCUGACGGAACGCGUUGUUACAUCGUGGGUUGGGGGAAACAGAAAAACACCCACUUAUUGGGAUCCGAGUCACUCCGAGAAGCGGAGGUUCCUAUUGUUAGCAAGAAAAAGUGUCGCAAAGCAUUUGACUACAGAAUAGGCGAAAAACAAAUCUGUGCAGGGUUGAAAAAGGGGGGCGUGGAUUCUUGCGCCGGUGACAGCGGCGGGCCGCUUAUAUGUCCCAAAAUAGUAAACGGGACGGAGAGAUGGAUUGUGUACGGGGUGACGAGUUACGGCGAGGGGUGUGGGCAGAAAGGGAAGUACGGAAUCUACACCAAGGUGUCGCAUUACCUCAAAUGGAUAAACCGUGUGAUCAGGAACAACAGCUGAGCUGUUUGUGACGUCGUAUUCAAAAUGGCGGUUUUUAGGGCUUAAGUGUAUAUUUUGUUUUUUACUCAGGACAUCUACAUAGGUCAGUGUUAUUUAUUUUGAUAUCUUGUUUUUUUUUCAGUCGAUCUUUUUGACUGUUUAAAAUCACUCACACUACGCAGGGGGGAUGUUUUGCUCAAUGGUCCUAAUUGCGCAAGUUUGGUUGUUUAAACGCGUAAUGGUUCGCAGCUAUGUUCCACCUGUUAGCCCUUGCCUUUGUUUUCCAGACGAAGAGGGAUGCAGACGUUGGUUUGUUAGCAUGAAGCGAUCCUACAGGAAGCUGGGGUUGUUCAGAAAUCCACUCUAAGUGCUGUGCAUUGUAUCAAAGGAAAAAUAAUGAAAAUCAUUCGGGGUCACGGCCGUGGCCCGGGGUGUGUUUAGAUACAUAUUCAAAGACGAAACGUUUCCAAGAUUAAAGCAAACUUUUUCACACUUAAUCUGUGCAAUAUCGCAUCUCGCGACAAAAUGUUUAUCCAUUUCAUAAACGAUUCAUAAUAAUUAGAACCGACUGUCUAUACUUUCCUGUCUGCAGAGAAAGACCUACAGGUAUAUUGGAGAUGUACAUCUGGCCAUGGUUGUUUCAUUCAGGGUAUAAUGCAAACUCAAACAGCGUCCUAUUCCAUCCUCCUUGAGAUAUUCAAGUUUCUUGGAAAAUAAACGCGUGGCAGAUGCCGGCAGUGACCGACUACGUCUGUGGUUUAUAAUGAACGUCAGCCGAGGCCAUGCUUUCUGGGCUGAGAGCACCUAAACCCUCUCCUCCUCGUCUGUACUUUUUUAAACAAAAUGAUUUUAAAGUACUCUUCAUGAUUUAACCUUCUGUUAAAGGAUAUGAGUUUUUUCAUGUGGAGAUUAUUAUCAUCAGUUUGAAUAUACUUUGAAUCGUACAUGAUUACGUGUUGUUUGUCUUAUUUAAAAUGUGGCUGUAUGAUACAUGAAGUAAACUAAGACCUGGCGGAUUUAAUGCAUGAAUGAUAUAAAUAUUUUAAAAAUUGUUUGUCGAUAAAUUACACGGUUAUUAGCAAAACACAAAGCAGUAAUUGUUAUAUGUAAAGACUUCAGUAUUUUCCAAUUAUUGUAAUUAUCAUUGAAUGACGGCAUAUAAUUGUUGUUAUGUACCUGCACUCGACCGGCAUCAAUAUUUCGGUUUUCAGCAGAGAUCACGUAAUCAACUGUCUUGAUGUUCCGUGUGUCAAGGUCGUUACUGUUCCGUUUGUCAAGGUCGUUACUGUUCCGUGUGUCAAGGUCGUUACUGUUUCGUGUGUCAAGGCCGUUAUUGUUCCAUGUGUCAAGGUCGUUCUGUUCUAUGUGAUACCUGUUACCUGCUAUCAUCAGUGUUCACAUGUUAAGAUGUUAUUAUUGAGCAGGUAUUUGUUGUGUUUGUGUCUUGUUGAUAUUUUUCUGUGGCCAAUAAAACAGCCAUUACAUUU